AAAAAAAAGAUUAAAAAAAAACUCCGUACAGAGGGAACAACUAAACUGAAACUACUGAACCAGCUCGGUCCUUUACUCACACGUCUUUAUCAAAACAAGAUGAGCAAAUUAUUUUUGUUGCUUCUCUUCUGUCACGUUUCAUCACCAGUGAAACACACCCUGAAGUAUUUCGUAACUACAUAUUCUGGAGUCCCAAACUUCCCAGAGUUUGUGGCAGCUGCACUGGUUGAUGACCUUCUUGUGGGUUACUGCGACAGCAACAAAAACAUAGUAGAACCAAAACAGGACUGGAUGAAAAAAAUAUUCGAAGACGAUCCUCAGCACUUGAAGUUUUACACUGAAGAGUGUGUCGAGAAUCAGCCAAACUCCUUAAAAAACAGGAUGGAUAAUUUGAAGCAGCUCUUCAACCAAAGUGGAGGUGUCCAUGUUUUACAGAGGAUGAGUGGCUGUGAGUGGGAUGAUGAGACUGGAGAGGUUAAAGGUUUUAAUCAGUAUGGUUAUGAUGGAGAAGACUUCAUGGAAUUCGACCUGAAGACAUUGACAUGGAUCGCUCUGAAACCACAGGCUGACAGCAUCAAACUGAGAUGGGAUGCUGACAAUGCUAGAAUAAAAUAUAUUGAGAAUGACCUCACUCAGAUUUGCCCUGAGUUCCUGAAGAAGUAUGUGGCCUUUGGGAAGAGCUCUCUGCUGAGAACAGUCCUUCCCUCAGUGUCUCUCCUCCAGAAGACUCCCUCCUCUCCAGUCAGCUGCCACGCUACAGGUUUCUACCCUGACAGAGCCGUGAUGUCCUGGAGGAAAGAUGGAGAGGAGCUUCAUGAAGAGGUGGAGCACGGAGAGAUCCUCCCCAACCACGAUGGAUCCUUCCAGAUGAGUGUUGACCUGAAACUUUCAUCAGUCACACCUGAAGACUGGAGGAGGUACGACUGUGUGUUUCAUCUCUCUGGUGUGAAGGACGACAUCGUCACCAGACUGGACAAAGCAGUGAUCAGGACCAACUGGGAGAAGCCCAGUGACAUGACCGUCCCCAUCGUUGCUGCAGUGGUUGUUCUUGUUCUCGUCCUCAUCGCUGCCGCUGGAUUCAUUGUUUACAAAAGGAAGAAAGCCAAAUGCCCUCCAUCUUCUCCUGACAACGGCUCUGAGCUCUCUGAGGGACUGAAUCGGAGACCUGAACAAAACAAACAAACCAUCCUGCAUCCUGAAUUACUUCAUAUGGGAUGAGAAAACAGUAAAUUACUGUGACAUGCACUAUUCACACCAUUUAAACAUUUGAUGGUACUUUUUAAAGCAUUGUUGAUAAAUGAAUUCCUCUUUUUACAAAAUGUUACUAAAUCGUGGAUAUCUUCAGAAUCAGUGUGUUUUUCAGAAUCAGAAUUGCCAAGUAGUUUUACACAUAUGAGGAAUUUGCUUUGGUAUUCUGGAGCCUGACAAUAAACAUAGUAGAAAUAUAAAGAAGUAUAAAGAAACAUAAAGCAAGUACUGCAGGUCAAGAAUCGUAACUAUAAAAUUGACAAUAAGAUAUUAAAGAAUACUAAAACAAAAACAUUAUAAGAAAAUAAUAAUAAAUAAUAAAGAAUAUGUAAAAAAUGACAAUAUGUUAUUUAAAUUACAGGGUGUGCAAUGUGUAACAUAUUUGAGUGUGAAUGUGCAAUAGUUUAAAGUAUUACUACACUAUAACAGGGGGGGUCUUGUUGAUGAGGCCAGCUGCAGACGGAAAUAAUGUAAUUUAGGCAUUUUGUGGUUAAAGUUCUGGUAACCCCAAUCCCUUGUGGUGUGUAGACUUAGAGAUAGUUUGGCUUUUAUUUGCAAUGGAGUUGGAUGGAAUUUAACUUGUGGUGUUCUUAAACAUAAGUAUGAAAGAUAAGGAAUGUAUUGUAUUUUGUAUGAUUUUAGUGUGUACAUGAUUUUGUGUGUAUGCGAUUCACAUGUAAUGUUUUGUCUCUUUUAUUCUCAGCACAUUCAUGCAGUGUUCUUUCAAAUAUUUUUAUAUACAUAUAUUUUACAUAAAUGUUUAGAAUAACUACAUUAAUUUAAAGAUAGGUUUUUGUUUUUUCUUUCUGUUGUAAACAUGUACAUAGAUGUUGAAUAGCAAUGUUCAAAAUCACUUCCUGUGUUGGAUUACAUAAAUGAAUGUCAAUCAAUUUGCACUGCUUUUACAUUCCUUUUGUAACAAUGUUUUUUUUUAAUAAAGUCUCCAUUAUUUCAAACAUGUUUAUUCAAA